AUGAUUGUGCUCGAGACUUUGAGAUAUCAACAACUUUAUGCCAAGUUCUCAAAGUGUGAGCUUCAGCUUAAGUUUGUAGCAUUCUUGGGGCAUGUGGUAUCCAAGGAUGGUAUCAUGGUAGAUCCAGUGAAGAUUGAGGCUAUUCGUGAUUGGGCUAGGCCCACUUCAGUUGAGGUUUGGGGCAUCGUCGGUUUAGCAGGCUACUACAUAUGGUUUAUGGAGGUCUUCUCCAUUAUUGUAGCACCUUUGACUCAUUUGACCUCCCUUGAUGUUCCUUUGAGUGGUAUGAAGAGUGACUAUGACCUCUCUAUUCUCUACCAUCCGUGCAAGACGAAUGUGGUUGUGGAUGCCUUGAAUCAGAAGGCAGUGAGUAUGGGUAGUCUAGCCUUCUCAUCUAUUGUGGAACGGCCUUUAGCUUUGGACUUUCAGUCCUUAGCUAACCAGAUGGUUCGGUUGGAUGUUUGGGAUUUUAGGCGUGUUCUAGACUAUGUGGGAGUUCAGUCCUUUCUUCUUAAUCAUAUUUGUAGCCGUCAGUUUGAGGAUAGGGCCUUGGUGGAACUUCGAGAUCCAGUUUUAACGAAUGAUAUUGGUCAGGUUAGCUUAGACUUAGAUGAGGUUUUGAGGUUUGCAGGUUGUAUUUGUGUCCCGAGAGUUGCAGAAUUUGCAUACUAUUCAGGAGGCACAGAUUGCAGUCACCCUUUACCUGUUCCAACAGUCUCAAACCAGAAUUCUAGUAGGAAAAAGAGAACAGGGAUUGUACCAAGUCCAAGGUCUGAGAGUGAAAUAUUAUCGUCUCCUUAUUUAAGAGCUCUUUUGCUCUCUGAACUUGCAAAAGCUACCACCAAUUUCCAUUCUGAUUGCCUUCUUGGUGAAGGAGGAUUUGGUUAUGUUUAUAAGGGAUGGCUAUGCAACCACACUCUUACUGCUGCAACACCUGGAUCAGGACUUGGAGUUGCAGUCAAAAAACUCAAGCCGAGAGGUUUGCAGGGUCAUAAGGAGUGGCUGUCAGAAGUGAAUUAUCUUGGACAACUUCGUCAUCCAAACUUGGUCAAGCUCAUUGGAUUCUGCUUGGAAGGUGAAAACCGCCUUUUAGUAUAUGAAUUUAUGCCAAGAGGGAGCUUGGAGAACCAUUUGUUUCCAAAGAGUGCACCAGUUCUUCCCUGGGCAACAAGGAUUAAAGUUGCUAUAGCUGCUGCUCGAGGUCUUUCGUUUUUGCAUGAUGCGGAACCACAAGUUAUAUAUCGUGACUUUAAAGCUUCUAACAUCCUUUUAGACUCGGAAUUUAAUGCAAAACUUUCAGAUUUUGGCUUGGCAAAAUCUGGCCCAACUGGUGAUCAUUCUCAUGUGUCUACUCAAGUUAUGGGUACUCAAGGAUAUACCGCUCCUGAAUAUCUUGCUACAGGUAAACUAACAGCCAAAUGUGAUGUUUAUAGCUUUGGGGUCGUUUUACUUGAGCUUCUUACUGGUCGUCGUGUAAUGGACAAAAGGAAGGCUGGUGCAGAGCAAAAUCUGAUAGAGUGGGCAACGCCUUACUUGCAUGACAAGAAAAAGUUGUUCAGGAUUAUGGACACCAAGUUAGAAGGGCAAUAUCCUCGAAAAGCAGCUACAAUAGCAGCCACUCUUGCAUUGCAUUGUGUACACCCUGAAUCAAGGGGAAGACCAGAUAUGUCAUUUGUGCUGAGUGCUUUAGAACAGCUUCCUUCAAAAUAUAUGUCUGGUCGUCCAUUUGGGGAUCGGAAAAAGAUGUCCAAGUCUCGACACAAGUCUGAAUCUGCAUUUCCAGGCAGUGUUAGGACAAAACACACCUCUCGUAUUUCAGAAGGUACAAAAUCCCCACGAGAACGAUGAA